AUGGUUUCUUCGUCGUUUCUUUGGGCCAUCUUUGCUCUGGGAGCAACGGCCCUUCCGGCUCCUACCUACACUUUUUCAUCCGGUGCUGCCCAUCCCGCCGAAAAACAAGUCAUAUCCGAAUACUUCGACAUGUUGGGUCAGAAAGUUCAAGCAGGAAGGAAAAUGUCUCAUGCUCCCGUGUGCAAUCUCAACACUGCAGCUCAACCAGUUCUAUAUCCAACACCUAUGCCCGAUCCCUCCACAGGUCUAAUCCUCAAGCACGUUGCCAUCGGUCGCGGAACCCAAAACUACACAUGCGGCACCAACGUAACAGCAGCACCCACCGCCGUUGGCGCAGUAGCAACCCUUUUCAAUGCCUCUUGUGUAGCAGCAACCUAUCCCGAUCUCCUUGCCCUCCUCCCCAACGUCGCUCUCCAAUUCGAUCUCAAUCUCGCUGCAUCCUCUACUCAAAAUCUUCAUCCCGCCGAUCUCAUGAUGAGCGGUCAUCAUUUCUUCACCAAUACCUCGACGCCAUUUUUUGACUUGAACACCAAGAAUUGGCAAUUGGGUCAAGGAGGAUUCGCAAAGAGUGACGCACUUGCUGCUCCAGCCGGUGCGUCGGUGGGACAGAAUGGUCAAGGCUUUGGAGCUGUAGCGUGGUUGAAAUUAGCAGCGAGAGAUGGGGCAACAGGAGGCUUGUCGGAGGUUUAUAGAGUCAAUACUGCGGGAGGAAACCCACCGACUACUUGCAAGGAUAACUUAUCGAGUAGUUUCGAUGUGCAGUAUGCUGCUGAAUACUGGUUCUACGAGGAGGAAUAA